AUGCAAAAACCUCAGUUGGAGGCUAUAUUUUCGAAAUUCGGUGCAAUUAUUGGGAUAUCCGUCCAUAAAGGAUACGCGUUUAUCCAGUAUGCCAAUGAAGCACAUGCUAGAGCUGCCGUCAAAGCAGAGGACAUGAACACAUAUUACGGAAUGAAACUCGGUAAUCUUGAUAAGACGGAUUUCCUGCCUUUUCCGAUUCCUUAAGUGUAUUUGACUCAGGCUUGUAUGUGCGUUGAUGGGAUUCAGCUUCCUUUUUGGCCGCCGGACGGGGGCUCAUCUUUUGUACUUCCGGCUUCUACUUUAUUUACCCAAUCUCUAGCUAGAGCCGAUAGGCGGGAACUCGUGACACUUUUGUCCUUGUCCUGAGUGUCACCUGUUUUUCGCACUUAGAAGCUACUCAUUUUUUUAAAAACCCCCCUAAUCUAUUCGGUUGAUGCUUGCUCACUUGUCUUUUCAAAACUACUUGAAUCCGGAGCGUGAUGUUUCAUAUUACUUUUUUCAAGGAGUCUUUUCGCCUCAGUGUUGUCCUUUUCUCUUCACCUUUGGUUGCCUCUGUGGUGUUGCGCGAUUCCAGCAAAAGAGCUUAUUUUGCUCGCAACUUUGAUUUUCAAACUUCUCUUUCCAACGGCCGAUCCAAACUACUUAGUCAACUGCUGCGUUAACUCAUUAGCAGACAGUUAACUUUUCCAAUUACAGACUACUUUGUACUUGAUUUUAUUCUUUUCCUCUAAACUACCCAACCUGAAGCUCCCUUCAGUCCUGAAGUACCUCUUUUCCUCCCGCAAUUUUUCACUCUUUGCACUUUUUUCUCUGCAGAUUUUCAAAACUUUAUUUUUUGAAUGCAGAUGUAACCAUAGCCUCAGAACCAAAGAAUCGCAAACGCGGUCGCCCAGCUGCGACACAGAAUGUUUGGUAAGCUUCUUUGCACCUGUUUCUCGAUUCCAUUGAUUAUUUUGUACGACCUCCCUCUUUGUUUUCAAGUUUUCCUGCCUCUUGCAUCCUUUCCUGAUCAUCAGUUUGAACAGAAUUUUGAUCCUUAGUUUUUGCAGUUUCACCUCUUCUUCCGGAAGUCCCCCUUUCUACCUUAGGACACGAUUUGUAAAUUCUCUUUCUCCUGACUCCCAAAAUUUCUCCAAUUUGAUUUUAUUUUGUAACGUGGAUGUGAAAUCUCCAUGCUUCAUCAGAAAAUACCAAAAGUUAUCACCAGUGCACUAGGCCUCGACAUUUUGUCCUAAUGUUCGUCUCCUGUCCUUCACGCAGCUACUCUUACGCAAACCCAUUCACCCCGCGUAUUCAUUCUUCAAUAAGCUCGAAUUUGUUACCUCAAGUUUGUCUCAAGCUCGUUCCACUGCACUAAGUUGAUCAGCACGCCGGUUCUUUGAGUUCGCCAUCAUCUUUUAUGGACUAUAUUUGUCUACUUUUGCAGCCCGUGAGCUGGUUUUAGAUCAUAAGACUCGAAUUUUCCACCGAUUAAAGUACUCUUUCCUUGGCGGCUAUACAGAGGAAGGCAUAGCAUAGAGUAGUAACCUGUUUGUUUUUCAUAUCGGAACCUCAGAUCUUCAAGUAUAGGACUUUAUUAACUCUAUAUUACUAAUUAUAAAGUGUUGGCAGAAGGGCGCUCACCGGUCGUGUUACAGAAUAGGUCGCGGAAUCGAGCCCCAGGUGUUUCCACACUUUAGGCUUGGGUAUGACUGGCUGACGACGGCUAAUGGCCAUUCCAGUCUCUCUUGUCUUUAUCGGUAGUCUUAUUCUACAUGAAGUGUUGCUUGACAACUUAGUUUUUGACAAUAAUAAGUGCGCGGAUGACGAACGGUAGAGCAUCCCUCUGACCUGGCCACUUAAGCCAGCUAGACGUCCCGGCGAGUGAGCUGUCGGGAGUCAUGUAACCAUAGUACUGUAGUGCUUCUGUGUAUUUCUAUUCCGCCACUUUGUCGACAGCACUUCUCGAUUACUGGUCGCUCGUCGCUACGCGGCCACCUGCGACCAUUCCAGGCUAGAGCUCUAAGGCAAAGCGCAAUUACCACCGAUAUGCCACUCUCAUGCAACGACCUCACAUUUUAUUCGUAGUAUAGGUUUCUAUGUGGUGCUCCUAUGUUGUAGUAGUAAAGAUGCAGUCGUAUCAUCGUUUAUCCACAACAGUUUUUCCGUCGGGUUUUCAUUUGCAGAUUUAGUCACUCACUUUUUUGAAGAGGAACCCGACGGCAGGUAGCCGGUAGGCAGGCUGAAAGACGGUUUCAAUGUCGCGCCCUUUGAUCAGAAGCUUGCUUCUUUUCCUGCUAUUUGUCAAUUGUCAUUUUCUUCUUUCCCCCAGCACAUCGGCACAGAACUUUCUGGAUCUGGCACUGCAAGCCCAGGCUUUAGCCGCUGUUGGUGGGCAAUUCUCGCACCUGGGCUUUUCAAAUAACACCGCGCCUUCUCUGUCCCUGGCAGCCUCGCAGUAUCCGGCUGCGGCUGCAGCUGCUGCCGCAGCAGCUGCCAACCUUACUGGCCUCAUACCCGCCAUGAAUGUCCUCAAUAGCGGAGUCCCUCCUCUUCUAGGACAGGCUGCUAUUGGCGGCGGUGGUUCUCAAAAAUCCCCAUCUAGCACCGGGUAUAAGUCCCUCAUGCCUAAUCCUCAUCGUGGAUCUGGUCUGAAUUCCCUCUCCGCCUCCUCUUCGUCAGCGAAAAGAACCCGCCUCGAGACGGGUUCUAGCGGCGGUGGCGGCAGCGGCAGUGCGAACUCUUCCGGUCUUCCGGCGGGCGCUGCUGCUGCUAGAUCGGCCAAUUUAGUCUCCCUAGUUACUCCUAAACAGGAUCCUUUCCCACCCACCACUCGUGCCACUCCUCGGACGUCCUCCACUGUUGCAUCCUCAGCCCCCCUUUCUGUAACAUCGAGGCUGCCAUCGACAACCUCACGGCCGAGCACCGCUUCCACCAGCCACAAUAAUAACAACACCCAAAAGUACACACACGGUAUAGCUGCGAAGUUCUCGGACAUGAAGGUGGGCGGCAACCAGGAGGCUGAUCGACGGCAAAGUAGCAACGGAUCUGGUAAGUCAUUAUGUUUCUGAGGUGCUGAAGGACGCCCUCGUUGGCCGCCCCUUUGUAUGACUCGUUCUGGUAUAAAGUUCAGAUCGUGCUCUUAGUGUAGUUUCAACAUUUGCAGUAAAACCGUGGGCGUCUCAGUAGUCAGUGGAUUCUUUGCUUUCAACCUCGGUUUUUCCGAGGGACGCCUGGGUAUCUUUUAGUCAGAGCAUUGCCUGAACUCCUGAGAGAUUCAAGUAAACCUACAAAUUCGGUAGUGUCUGGGUUAAGUGCGUUUGAUGGGGACUACUGGCAGGGGACUCGAAUGUCAUAAAUUACUGUUUCUAGCCCGUGUAUAGUAGGCCCCUUAAUCUCAUGAACAACUAAUCAAGACCACUCUGUAUACUUCAAAUGACAAACACUGCUUUUAUAAGGCAGCUUUCAAAGUUACUGCACGGUAGCAUGCCGAGCCGAUUUGGCUCCCAAACCGUGCUCGCAAAUCACACCUGCGCUGUGCACUUUAGCGGACUUUUGAUUUGAUUUUUGACCGUCAUUGUCCCGGAUGAGGGCCAGUGGGGAUUUACGCGUGAAUCUACUUCUGAUGCAUCUACCCACUGUGUUCUAGUGUCGAGACGCAGCGACAACUAGAGAUUAGCUCGGGCGCGAAUGUUAACAAGAUUAAACAACCCGUUGAUACAUGCCACCCACGACACUAUCCCUAACUCCAUACUUGUCAGACUUCAAGGGAAGAUAACGGUUUCGGAUCUCACAGAAGCUAGCAGUGCCGCAAGGGCAACAUUAAGGAGCCAUUGCGGUCUGACUUCCGUCCCUAGGGAGGAUCGAGUUAUUUCGUCAGCUGGUUGCCACUGAUAACGCGUCGUGGGAGUUUCAAGGCACAUUUUGUUUAUUGUGGCAAUCUCAUAAGUUGGCUGCGAGCUGGGUCAAUCUCGCCCUCUUCCCUCUCACUGAAGAUGAUUGACGUAGUGCAGAGCCUCCACCUAACCGGCACCGCACACAGGAUGCGUCGCCUAUAGUUAACGAUGAUGGCAAAGUUUUCCGCAUAGUAUUUUGCUGUCGGAUAGCGCCUUUACAAUUGCUUUUUUGUCCGCAUUUGCCCGAACGAGAUGCGGAAGUUUGGAGAGGAAAGGUUAGCAUGUAUGAGUACAUCCAGCUUACAUGUAGAAUAAAAGUAACUGUGGGAUAUCCUUCCUCAUGCAAAUCAACACAUUUCGUACCGUAGGAAAUCAGACGCCCUAAGUUGCCAUGAUGCGCCAAAUGUCGUAUCCGAAAUUGUUACCGAGAUACCAGUCCUGCUCAGAACUGAGCGUCAAUCUACACUAAUUACUGAACGUGGCCCUUGUGACACUCACCUGCAGUGAGCCCUAGGCUCCUCUGAUUAAAAACUGUCAUAUGUGAUGUAGGUAGCAAGUCGCGUGACUUGGGUAUAGGGGCUGUUUAACAAUAUCUGUGUUUAUGCCUCCGCUGGUCGUGUUGACUUUGCCAUCGGUAGCUGGAAGGUGUGUAGAGGGUGAGGUAGAUUGUGUAAUUACUUACCGUACUAACAACUCAGGUAUUAGUUAGAAGCCCAGACACGCGUGUUUCGCCGACUUUGUGCCGCCGCUUGACGCAGCUACGAGGGGUUCGGCUCAUUAAUGGGUCCCCCAGCUUUCCCCGUGUGUUCAGAAAGAUUCACUCCAAGUUAGCGCAUUAAUUUCCUCGGGAAUUAAAUAAGGCAAGUGAGGUAGAUGCGUAUAAAGUUCGCUUUGUCGUAAGUAAUCUCAAGUCCGCCUCCCGGGGCACUGGUGAACCUCGUUGUUUGCCACGGUUGAACUGCCAGAUUAUGAAGGAGACCUAGAGAGAAACCUUAAGCCUUAUCUUAAAGCCACUUCAAAAUUUCCCGCAAAAGCGUCCUGUCACCAUGACUAGCAUGGUUAAGUGCGAGAAAGCAUAGAAAAUGUCAGCAUUAAACGAUACGACAGUCUAAUCUCACUGCAUUGUAAAUCUCGAAAAAAUUUUAUAAGUGAUCGUUGCUACCCGACUCACACCCUCUUGGAAUUGGAGUGAUUUUUGAAAGACCGACUGAAACUGAACGAUCGGAGCCAGGUAGCGAGGUCUAUUUUUAACGCCUGCUUGACAAAAAUUGCGACUCCUCGACCCCUGCCGUUUAUUGAGCGUUUUUGGUCUUUUCGAAAGUACCAAAAUAAAAAAUGUGUGAUUAGUUAGAAUGAGUUUUAGUGUUCAACCAUAUCUCACGAAGACAAAACAGUGGAGUUACUGUGCUAUUUUCAUGACAAGUGGCUUAUUUCACAAAAUUUGUUAAAAAGAGAAUGACAUUUCGUCGAAAAAUGCCUGAAAUUGUCGGCAAGUUUCUCUGCUAUCGCUUAAAUGCCGUUUGCUAACCAAGGCCGAGGCUCGUUUUUCGAUGCAAAGUAUUUGUUGAUCGGUAAGCAUUGCAACCGGCACGCAAACAUCAUAAAUGCGACAUACCGUUUGGGUCUUUAGUAAAAUUAUUUUAUUUAUUUAUUUAAACGGGUGCAAUCACUAACCAAUCGCAUGAAAUGUUACCCGAGAUUCUGGAAUGCGUUUUCGGCUAGAAAGAAUUGCUGGGGUGGGAUUUCAAGAUUGAUUAGCAUGAGGCCCAAUCCUAUGACAUUUGGGACUUGCCAGGAUGUGGGCUUUCGGAUUCACUUCUUUUCGAUUUUCUCAAUAAAAACUGAUUAAGUAGUGUGCAUCUUUCCCACUGAUUUUCGAUGACCUUGUAAAUUCGAAUAAGUUUUAUAGAAAACAAACACAAAAUAUGCUUUCGUUUGUUCAUUUGUUAACAAAUCACUUCGUUUUUACCUGUUGUACUCGAAAAAAGAGUACCUUUCGUUUUUGAAGAAGUUUUCCAGGUAACAAUCGGGAGAUGGCACCCAAAAAAACCGCCUAACCAAAGCAGCCUGUCUUACGGGGCAGGUGGUAAUAGAGGUUUUAUGGGUGGUGGCUGGUCGGGAUAUACGAUACUGGCCGACGGAAAGGCUUAUUUGAACAUGUGAAUGAUCGAAGUUUGCUCGCUCUCCGUUCCGUUAUUACAAAUGGGUCGACAAAGCAGUAUAGUGAUAAUGGACGAGUGGAAGGCGUAUAAUCGUCUCCCCUCAGAAGGUUGUCUACAUUUCUCUGUUAACCAUUCAAAGAACUUCAAGGACCCUACCACCGGACGGCACACCAAUGCCAUUGAGGCAUACUGGAGUAGACUGGAAAGGAAACUCCACGAGGGAGGCCCUGCAUGUGGUCGAGCUGUGUGGGCUCACAUAGACGAAGUACAGUACCGUCUUUGGUUUGGGCUCAAUGCCAUAUGUUUGACUGUUGCCUGGGAACUGUUCCUGUCCCAUGUUGUGCAGACUUAUCCUAUUUAAAAGUGAUUUUGUUUUGUAAUAAACCGCCAUAAUGCGAAUUCAGGUGUGCGUUUGUAACGAUGGGGAAGGUUGGGUAACAGCGACCAUCGUCCAUGUAACCUCCUGCGAUGUUCGUUCGGCCAGCCCAUGUUAGGCCGUCGGGGAAAGUCCAAGUAUUACGUGAAAGUAGGCCUGCAACCGCUGCUAUUGCUAGAAGGCGUUUGAGUCCACUGUUAAAGGUAUUAUUUCUAGUUAACGGAUUUUUUGGGUGCCAUCUCCCGAUUAUUACCGUUUUCCAUUUUUUGGUUAAUUUUGAGCCAUAUCAGCCGUUACAUCAGCGUUUAGCGAUUUCAGUCUACAAGGUGUAUGUUUUCCGCUUGGAGAAAAUUGCAUAUUUCACGAUACCUUUAAAGAUAUCCCAUGUAGAUUUCAUAUACUUCUGCAGUGGAUGCGGACUACGUUGCAUACUUCAUGAGGAGCACUGGUAAACGGACAGAUACGAUGCUGUAUGAGCGGACAUUGUACGAUCGUGUGAAAUAUCAGUAAUUAGAACCUUUUUAAAGACCGAACGAUGUCCUUUCUUCGGGCAUAAAGUGUAAAGACGACGUGAUUUGCUACCAAAUUAGUAGAAGCAUGUUUUGUGCAUGUUUUCUAUAAAAUACGUUUGAAUUUUUAAAGCCAUCAAAAGUUUAUGUAGGUAAUAUACGCUACUUAAGUAGUCAUUUUUCGUUGAUUGCGGUUUUUACAGAGGGUCGGGAAGAAUUUCCGCCUUUGAUAGACAGCAUGCCUGUCUGCCUUCCUUCGUAUCGUUAGGGCGACAGCUUGAUGCCUCUUCAGUUUCAUGUUGAUUCCACUGUGAUUCCGGACUAAAAAUUACAGCCUGUUGAGUUUCACAUUGCAUCCUUGUCUUUGUGAUCGUGCUUGAAUUAUUCUGAAGACGCGAUUCCCGCUGGCAGCUAGUAAGGCGUAGGAUUUAAACUCGUUUUAUCCCCACAAAUCUACAUGUUUGUAUGAGUGUAUAAUGACCUUGAUGUGUGUCAGUUUUCUGUUUUCAUGGUGUUGGAGACAACAUUUGCUGACCUGCCAUUUUCCUUUUAGCGCAUCCAGCCGGAGGUGAACCACAACAACAGGGACAGCAGCAACGCUGUCAUCUCUACUCCGAAGACAUUCUUAUCUGUGGUCAGUGUCGCCAUCUGUUCGAAAGCGUUGACGUUCUGAUUGCUCACAAGAUGGCCGGCUGUUCAAUCAACAAGGAAAAUGGCUUGACCUGUCGAUGCAAAAGGAGUAAGUGCGCUCUGUGACGUUUUUGCCUUUAACGUGGUAUAAUUGCUAGGAUGGAGACCAUAGUCCUCUCUGUAGGUAGGAACCACUGCGCGAGACGCAACGUCUAACUGCCAUUUACAGCCGGUCCUUAAUGCGCACUUCUUUAACUCGACGCGCCAACCUCUUUUUGGCAGUUAGUCUAGAAGCUGUUUUGACCCAGGGUCAGACUGAACUGGCCGUGCUGACGAUGCUGGUUGCACUCUGUCCUAUUCCCGCGUCUUUUCCCUCUGACGAUAGCCCUGUUGACCACCGGAUUUUUUUUCUCCUGUUCCUUUAGACGGCGAACCAGACUGCCUUGAUUGUGCAUACUGUGGCGACACCUUUUCAAGCGCCUGGGAGUUGGUCUCUCAUUGCCACACGGAGCACAGCCUUACUAUUUACGCAAUUCCCUCACAGCCGCCGUCCCCCUCCUCGUCCACCACCGCGGUCUCCGAAAGUGCGCGUCCUACUUCCCCGAAACGUCAACAUGUCUCCACCGCCGGUAAGGACCUCCAGCGCGGUCGUGGAUGCUGCACCGCCGUCGUCUCCGAAACCUCGGUUCUCUCCCGACCUGCCAACGUCUGCUCUCCGCUGCACCAGCCGACAAAGGUGGAGGAGCAGACAGAGGAGGAGGAAGAGGAAGAAUACGACUUUGGGGCCAAUACACCGCAGGCCGAUGUUUGCGAAGAGGAGGAGGAUGAGGAAGUGGAGGUAGCAGUUUCCGAACUUGACGGGACAUCGCACCCACAUGGGGCAGUCCCUGAAAUAGACGAGCAGGAUUCGAACCAGGCAAAUGGGUCGGAAGCUCCUGUCGUGGAGCAGGACUCCCUCAUCGAAGAGGAGAACGAGGAGGAGGGGGAAGAGGCGCAGGAGCACGAAGCGGAGAAACGGAAGCAAGGGGAGACGGAGUUCAGCAAGAGCGAUAUCCAGGUCGAGAAUAGGGCUGAAAAUGACGCUGGCCGGCUGGAGAGAACGGAGGGGAGCUGUGCUGUGCUGGACGACGCAAUGGCCGGCAAGGCGCGGCCUGGCCACCAACGAACGUCCUUCCGUCGCGAAAGGCGUGGCAGUGAACACGGACGAAACGAGACCUGUACUGACGAUGAGGAGGGCGAAGAAUACACAGGAGGUAUUCCACUGUUUCUGCAACAUCGCUCCCCAUCGAGAAACAAGUCCGAUUUAGAAAUUCUUUAA